UCAAACACCUGCCCGCGCGGGACGUCACGUGACUGCGGCCCCGCCCCGGGCCCAGCUGCGGACUUUCUCGGGCAGCAGCUAGUGCGGAAUCACGUGACCGCUUUCCCCGCCCCAAACCCAGCAGUAAACUGCGAAGACAGAGAUGGCUGCCACGCUGCAGCGCAUCGAGCGGCUGUCGGGUCGCGUGGUGCGCGUGCUGGGCUGUAACCCGGGUCCCAUGACCCUGCAAGGCACCAACACCUACCUGGUGGGGACCGGCCCCAGGAGAAUCCUUAUUGACACUGGAGAACCAGCAAUUCCAGAAUAUAUCAGCUGUUUAAAGCAAGCCCUAACCGAAUUUAACACAGCAAUCCAGGAAAUCAUAGUGACUCAUUGGCACAGGGAUCACACCGGAGGCAUAGGAGAUAUUUGUAAAAGCAUCGGUAAUGGCGCUACAUAUUGCAUUAAAAAACUUCCACGUAAUCCUCACCAAGAAGAAACUAUAGGAGAUGGAGAGCAACAGUAUGUUUAUCUGAAAGACGGAGAUGUGCUUGAGACUGAGGGAGCCACUCUAAGAGUUAUAUACACACCUGGCCACACCGAUGAUCAUAUGGCUCUUCUUUUAGAAGAGGAAAAUGCUCUCUUUUCUGGGGAUUGCAUCCUAGGGGAAGGAACAACUAUAUUCGAAGACCUCUAUGAUUAUAUGAACUCCUUAAAACAGUUAUUGAAAAUUAAAGCUGAUAUUAUAUAUCCAGGACAUGGCCCAGUAAUCCAUAAUGCUGAAGCUAAAAUUCUACAAUACAUUUCUCACAGAAAUAUCCGAGAACAGCAAAUUCUUGAAUUAUUUCAUGGGAACUUUGAAAAAUCAUUUACAGUAAUGGAGCUUGUAAAAAUUAUUUACAAGGAUACUCCUGAGCAUUUACAUAAAGUGGCUAAACAUAAUCUCUUGCUUCACUUGAGAAAAUUAGAAAAAGAAGGAAAAAUAUUUAGCACCAUGGAUUCUGAGAAAAAAUGGAAAGCUAAUCUUUAAUUCCAGAUUCAUGAAAGCUUUGUUUUGGUUAUUUUUUAAGAGAAUGGCAUGUUUUCUUAACUAUGGACUAUGUAUAGAAAAUACAGAGUAUAACAUUGAAAAUAACUUUAGAUAUACUUUAAAAUAUACUUACGCUAACAUAUGUAAAUUACAUUGUACAUCUAUAAUACAGAUUGUUUAUCUAAUAACAUUAUCAUAACAUUUUACCCAAAAUUCAGAAUUCAAAGUUUAUUAAUUUCUAUUAAUAAAUUAAUAAAAUAACUUUACUUUAAAAAUAAAAUUUAUGUAAUUUAAACUGGACAUAAUUAUUAGAAAUUUAUCUAUUGCCAGUAAUCAGUAAUACUAUUUUCUCUAGCAAUUUCAGUUAAUAGUACAGAUUUCUAUGUAAUCUUUUUUUUCUCUACCCUUAUCUGUAUCUGUUGAUAUCAGCUUUGUUUUCAUGUUUUUAAUCCAUUAUAUUCAUGAUUAUAUAUUAGUUCUAUAGCUCUGUAUCAUUUAUAUGUUCUUGUAAUGGUGUCCUACAAGUGAUUCAUGGAACUCAAUUUAUGGUAAUUGAAAACUAUUAAAUUCACAAUAAAUAGCA